CACGUUAUGCUAUAUGGAAUCCUUGGGACGUCACUAUGCCGUUGAAAUAAAACAUGUUUGGGGGGUGUAUGAACGUCCCAAUGACACUUUAUAGCACUAACAUACUGUAGGAUUUGACAGUGAAUGACUGGACUGCGGACGAAUCAAAACACGAUUUGUUCUUGCGUAGUGGGUUACGUAAUUAUGUCAGUCUUUUCUCUAAUAUUCACUCCGGCGACACUUGGCAUAGGCGGUUGGGUCAUUUGUGCGCUAGCCUAAAACGUGUUUUUCUUGCAUUGCGUCGUCUGUUUUUUUUACUGCGGGUCAGACUGGACAGCCUUAUCUCUAUUAUAUUAUUCCACCAGUGCAACGAAUAAAAAAACACUGUAAAUCAACCCUCUCCAAUCGCGUCCAGUCGGCGAGAAACGUCCACCCACUUCACCGCAUUGCCAGACAAGGAGCCUCUCAAUGAUGUCAUCAUAUUAUCAUUCGGGAAAGGAAACAGACAUGGCGACGAUGACCGAGCCGCUCUGUCUAGAAAGAGAUGUGUGCAGGGUGAUAGAGCUGCUGGACCGGCUGCAGAGAAGCGGUGAGCUGCCUCCUCCCAAACUCCAGGCCCUGCAGAGAGUCCUGCAGAGCAAGUUCUGUGCAGCCAUCAGGGAGGUGUAUGAACAGCUCUAUGACACUCUUGACAUUGUGGGAGGGCCUGAGGUUCGUGCCCAGGCAACUGCCAAGGCCACAGUGGCUGCAUUUGCAGCCAGCGAGGGACAUGCCCACCCACGGGUGGUGGAGCUACCCAAGACAGAGGAGGGCCUGGGAUUCAACAUCAUGGGGGGAAAGGAGCAGAACUCCCCAAUCUAUAUCUCCAGGGUCAUCCCCGGGGGGGUGGCAGACCGGCAGGGGGGGCUGAAGAGGGGCGACCAACUGCUCUCUGUCAAUGGAGUGAGUGUGGAGGGGGAGCACCACGAGAAGGCAGUGGAGCUGCUGAAGGCUGCCCAGGGCUCAGUGAAACUAGUGGUCAGGUACACGCCUAAGGUGCUGGAGGAGAUGGAGGCCCGCUUUGAGAAGAUGAGGAGCGCCAGAAGACGCCAGCAGCACACAAGCUACUCGUCUCUGGAGUCCCGAGGCUAGCCACUCCCACCCUCAGUCAAGCCUGUUGGACCCGCCACCUUAGUUCUAGGAGGUCAGAUGAUAGAGAAGAAGGAAGUAACCAAAGUAGCCAACUUAGAUCUGUUAUUUAUAUAUGUUUGUGAAAUGCAUCUACUAUCCCCCUCCACUGCCUAACUGUUCGCAGGGGACUGCCUAGCCCUAGGUCAUCCUUUACCCUCUGUGAUUUUCUCUCCCCGUGUGAAACCUGCAUCCUAGCGUAUGGCAACCAUGUGUUUAGCGUAAGAACAGAGGAGAGUAAGCAUGGUGGAUGUAGUUUAAAUGCAUAGGUCUAUUUACUUUUCUACUCUAUAGUGAGAUGAUUCUGUAUGUAUGUAUGUAUGUAUGUAUGUAUGUAUGUAUGUAUGUAUGUAUGUACACUUUAGGUAGGGUAAGCAUUCCAAGGCUUUCAUAUUUACCAUUUGUUUAUUUAUGUACUUAUUUAUUCAUGAAAUAAAGCCGGUAAAGGUUUGAACAGUC